ACAGACCCAUACUAUGUCUAUGGUUGCGCUGCUGUGGCCGUGUUCCAAUAUUCACUGCCAGUACUGAAAAUCUGUAGUGUAUGUGACGUAAACUAUAGAUUUUCAGUAUUGGCAGUUGGCAGUGAAUAUCGGAACACCUGUAUUAUACGUUGGUCGAGUGUUGACAAGACGAUAUUCAAUGGUUGUGUCUCCUGAACGCGCCCAUUUACAUAUACUCGAUUCUCUUUCGCUCUGUUUCGCACGGUUAUUUAAUGAUAUGAGUGUAUAUAACGGCUACUUUAACAAAAAUGAGCGAUGAGUAAUUCUCCAAGAAAAAGAAUUCACAUCAUCCAACGUGUGGAGUAUAUUAUAUUAUACGUACCGUAUAGCUCGUGUAUUUGAAGGUUGGAAUUGACUUUAUAGUCUCAUAGAAGUCUAAAGGAAUGGCUGAAGAGGAGAAAGCUGUUCCAUCAUCCAUGACUCAAUGCUAUGAAAAUUAUAUUAUAGUUGAUGUGGGUGCCAAUUUAACGAAUAAGAAGUAUAGUCGAGAUUUAGAUAGUGUAAUACAAAGAGCAAAGGAUGCCGGUGUACAAAAGAUUAUGGUGAUAGGUGCCAGCAUUCGUUCCAGCAAAGAAGCCUUGAGGCUAACUAGAAUAUAUCCCGGAACGCUUUACUCGACAGCUGGCAUACAUCCGCAUGAUGCCAAAUCUUGGGAGGACUCAGACACUUUGCAUGAACUGGAAAGCAUAGCCAAUAAUCUUGAAUGUGUUGCAAUCGGAGAAUGUGGCUUGGAUUACAGUCGGGACUUUUCAGCCCCGGAGGCUCAACGCGCUGUGUUUCAUAAACAAAUAGAAUUAGCCUGUACAUUAAAUAAGCCAUUAGUAAUACAUGAAAGAAGUGCACAAAAGGAUGUGUUAGAGGUUCUUAGUCAAUAUAAGAAUCGUUUACCGCCUGUUCUGAUUCACUCCUUCAUCGGCACUGCAGAGGAGGCGCACAUUUAUUUGGAUCAAGGCUUUUAUCUAGGUAUCACAGGUUACUUAUGCAAGGAUAAGUCUGACAGCGGGAUAAGACAAUUGCUAGAAGGUGGACAGGUGCCAUUAGAUAAAAUCUUAGUAGAAACCGACGCACCAUUUAUGUAUCCCAAUACCAGAGCCAGCAAACUACCCGCACAUGUGAAGGACGCUUUAACCGAACGGUCUAUGAUGUUCCUCCAUCGUUACUGCACCUUUCAACGUAACGAACCAUGUGCCUUGCCAGCGGUUGUAGAAAUGGUAGCGGCAUUUAUGCGAACCACGCCGGAGCAAGUUGCAUUGGCUACCGCAUUUAAUGCUUUAAAAUUAUUCGGUUUAAAUCAAUGAUAAUAUUCGGAUCUUAUUAAAUUAUGUAUAAAAUGGUGCUAAGAAAGCUGGUGCUAUAUGAGAGUUUUAUUACGAUUUUUAAUGUAUAAAGCUUCAAAUUUUUUUUUUUUAAAUCAUGAUUUAUUUCUUUGUUUUUUUUUCUCUUAAUCAGAGAAAUAGUAGCUAUAUUAAUACUUAAGAAAACUGAUUCAAUAAAUACCUGCUUGUAGAUUGAUGAAAAGUUGAUAAUAAAAUCUACUUAUAUAUAAUUGUAUAAGUUUAUAUAAACUAUGGAGGGGUAUGUAUGUUCUACAGAUAUUUUUUACAGAUAUUAUCCUACACAUAAUAUAUUAUUAAUUGUAUAUGUAUCAGAAUAUUUUAUUAUAUCGAGAUUUGUAACAUUCUCUCUCUGUUUUUUCUAAUUUUAUUGUAAAAUGCUAAUUGUUCAGCUAUACAUAUGAUAUACAAUGUAGUUAUAUACAAUAUAGUAUACAUAUGUACAUGUACAUAUGUAUCAUAGAUACAAAUCCAUAUAAUCUAGUAUUAUAUGUUUCAUUGUUAACGCAUUAUAAAUAUUUUCGUACAAAUAAAUUGUUAUAAAGAUUUUUUUUUU